UUUGAGCCCCCGAGGCUACUUAUCCAGCCCAGGAACCUGACACAGCCUCGAGACCGAUACUCGAGAUGCCGGCUCUCGCAUUUGGCCUCAAUGCGGCCAAAACUCAACCUAGAAUCUCGAAGCCGGCGCAGAAACGCAAGGCUGUUUUCGACCAAGAUGACGAUGCGAGUGAAUCCGAGGAUGCGCCUCCGCCUCCCGCGUACGGCGCAAAGAAACCGUCGAAGCCCCUACGACCUUUAAACCCCUUUGAUGACGACGACGAAGACGCUCAAAAGGCCAGCCAAUCUCCCAAGAAAUCCCCAAAACUCUCCCUCCAUGGAAACACUUCUAAUGGGCCUGCCUCGGAUAAAUAUACAAAUUUGUCGGCUCUGCGGAGUGCAAAGUUACACGACCAACAAGCCUCCCAGAUCGACAAGUCUGUAUACGACUACGAUGCGGCCUACGACACAUUCCAUGUUCCCAAGCAGAAGAAAGUGACGACGGACGGCGACUCGAAACCCAAGUACAUGACCGCGUUGAUGGAGAGUUCGGACGUGAGAAAACGAGACCAACUACGCGCCAGAGAGAAAUUGUUACAACGAGAACGAGACGCCGAGGGGGAUGAAUUCGCGGACAAGGAAAAGUUUGUGACCCAAGCAUACAAGAAGCAGCAGGAAGAAGUCAAGAUUAUGGAAGCAGAGGAGAAGAAACGUGAAGAGGAAGAAGAGGAGCGAAGGCGCAAAGGUGGCGGCAUGACGGCUUUUCAUAAGAGGAUGCUGGAGAAAGAUGAGGAGCGGAUGAGAUUGAUUGCCGAAGCGGAGGAGGCUGCGGCGCAGAGGAAUGCACGAGGCGAGGAUGACGCAGGAGUUCAGAUGGAGGAGGAACGAUCCGAAGCCAAGAUUGCACAGGAUCUUAUCGAAAAGGGCGCGCACAUUAUUGUCAAUGACGACGGCGAAGUUGUUGACAAGCGACAGCUUCUUUCUGCUGGUCUCAAUACCGCUCCGAAGAAACCAAGCAAUCAACAAGCUACGACCACGAGUCAGGAAUCUGGACGGCCGCAAGAAUACUGGAGAUCAUCCAAGACUCAAGACGCACGAUCUGCGCAACGAGAACGGCAAAGCCGGAUGAUGGAGCGACAAAUUGAAGAAAUGGCCGAGAAGGAAAAACAGGCGCAACUUGCGGAGCAACAACAGCAACAAGACAAGAGCAAGAGUAAAGUCACCGAGGCAGAUAAGAUGGGUGCACGAGAAAGAUUCUUGCAGCGGAAAAAGGAGCGAGAGGAAGAAGCAAAGCGCAAGAAGGAAACAGGAGGUUGAGCCAGCAAACAGUCCUGCAUUUAAUUCGAAACAGAAUCUGGGAAUGGAACUGUCCUAUUACUGCGCGACAAUACCACCGUCGACGGCAAUGAUUUUGUUGGUCAGAUAACUGGUUUUGACCAUCCAUACGACCGUCUCGGCAAUUUCAUCAGGGGUCCCCAACCUUCCCACGGGUAUUCCUACAUCAAGUCAGCAUGACAUGAAGGAUAACUAUGGGAUGAACGAAUGGAUUGGGACAUAGCUUACUGGAAGCAAGCUCCGAAGUGGCACUUGAAGUGCGCCCAGGCAGCAUCUUUGUAUCCUGGAUCAGCGCCGGCGCAACACCAUUGAUGGUGAUACCUUGUUUGGCGUAAGCACCAGAAAGCCAAUGGACAAGCCCAUGGAGAGCCGACUUUGAGGACCUAAAGGACAAUCAGUCAGCACAACGAAGCGUACCCUCGAGACAUCUUGACUCGAGUUAGACCGACUCACGCAUAAUGAGGCCCAACAACACCACCCGUGAACCCAGCCACACUGGAACAAAAAAUCACCCUCCCCCACCCCUUCUCAGCCAUACUCGGCAGACAUAGCUGAGUCAACAAAAACGCCGUCCCACAAUUUGCUCUCCAAGUCUCCUCGAACUCCUCGAUGGAAAUUUCCGAGAUAUCUUUAACUUGACUCUUUCCCAGAGUCAGACCUGCAUUGUUGAAUAGAAUGGUUGGAUGACCGAGUCGUUCAACCACUUGAGCAUGAAGACGCCGUGCUCCGUCGUAGGUUGAGAGAUCGGCUUGAAAGGCUGAUGCACGUACGCCCAGGGAUUCCAGUUGUUGUACUAGUGACUGGGCCGUGUCGGCGGCGGAAUUGAAGUGCACAGCAACAGAACAUCCGAGUCUAGCUAGCGAGAGACAUGUCGCUUGUCCUAUUCCUCCGGUGGCGCCAGUGACAAGAGCUAGAUGAGGUUUGAAGUCUGUUACCAAUGCCAUUGCAUGGAAGAUGAGAUGUGAUGAGAGCAGAUG